GCUCGGGGCGGUGGGUGCCGGCGCGCAGGCGUAGGCCGGGGAGUUCCGAGCAGUCGAUUGGAAAGCCCCGCCCGGCGCCAUCUCGGCGACUCGCGCAUCCCGCCCAGGUCUCAGGGCUGUGGCUGCCAGAGCCUGCGAGGAUGUUCCACGGGGUCCCCACCACUCCGGGCUUGGGAGCCCCUGGGAACAAGCCAGAGCUGUACGAGGAAGUGAAGCUGUACAAGAAUGCCCGGGAGCGGGAGAAGUACGACAACAUGGCGGAGCUGUUUGCGGUGGUGAAGACGAUGCAGGCCCUGGAGAAAGCUUACAUCAAGGAUUGUGUCACCCCCAACGAGUACACCGCAGCCUGCUCCCGGCUCCUGGUCCAGUACAAAGCCGCCUUCCGGCAGGUUCAGGGCUCAGAAAUCAGCUCCAUCGAUGAGUUCUGCCGCAAGUUCCGUCUGGACUGCCCGCUGGCCAUGGAGAGGAUCAGAGAAGACAGGCCCAUCACCAUCAAGGACGACAAGGGCAACCUGAACCGCUGCAUUGCCGAUGUCGUCUCGCUCUUCAUCACCAUCAUGGACAAGCUGCGCCUGGAGAUCCGCGCCAUGGAUGAGAUUCAGCCUGACCUGCGGGAGCUGAUGGAGACGAUGCACCGCAUGAGCCACCUGCCCGCCGACUUCGAGGGCCGCCAGACGGUCAGCCAGUGGCUGCAGACGCUGAGCGGCAUGUCGGCCUCGGACGAGCUGGACGACUCCCAGGUGCGCCAGAUGCUCUUUGACCUGGAGUCGGCCUACAACGCCUUCAACCGCUUCCUGCACGCCUGAGCCCACCCUGUGUCCCCGUGGGGGUUCCCGUGCCUCGUGCCCUGUCUAUGUGUGGUACCAGGACCCCAGAGACCCUGCCCCACAAUAAAGACGCUGUGACCCUCCCGCUGCGGGCGGCUCACCUCUCA